AUGAAGCUGGUUUUCUGGCAUUGGUUUUUUCUAUUCUUCGUGCUAGUUUCAACAUCACAGGGUAUGAGUUCAGAUGGCCUAGCUCUUCUUGCUCUGUCCAAAAGCCUCGUACUACCAAGUUCCAUAAGAUCCAACUGGAGCGCUUCUGAUGCAACCCCUUGUGCAUGGAAUGGUGUUGGUUGCAAUGGAAGGAACAGAGUGAUUUCUCUUGACCUAUCAUCAUCAGAGGUUGAAGGUUUUAUAGGACCUGAAAUAGGGCGUCUGAAAUACCUGCAAAUUCUCAUUUUAUCUGGUAACAACAUAUCUGGUUUGAUCCCUCCAGAAUUGGGCAACUGCAGUAUGCUUGAACAAUUGGAUCUGUCCCAAAACUUACUUUCUGGCAGUAUACCAGCAUCAAUGGGCAACCUCAAGAAAUCGUCAGCACUGUCACUGUACUAUAACUCUUUCAAUGGAACAAUACCAGAGGAGUUGUUCAAGAACCAGUUUUUGGAGCAAGUGUACCUAAAUGGCAAUCAGCUAAGUGGUUCAAUCCCCUUCUCGGUUGGAGAAAUGACAAGCCUCAAGGCUUUGUGGGUGCAUGAAAAUAUGUUGUCUGGAGUUUUGCCCAGUUCAAUCGGCAACUGCACCAAGUUGGAGGAGCUGUAUCUACUCGAUAAUCAACUGAGUGGCAGUCUUCCAGAAACCUUGAGUGAGAUCAAAGGCCUCAAGUUUUUUGAUGCAACCAACAAUAGCUUCACAGGCGAGAUUCCAUUCAGUUUUGAGAAGAACUGCAAGCUAGAAAUAUUCAUCUUGUCAUUCAAUUAUAUAAAGGGUGAAAUUCCAUCAUGGCUGGGGAAUUGCAGGAGCUUGCAACAACUUGGAUUUGUCAAUAAUAGUCUGUCUGGCAAGAUUCCAAAUUCUAUUGGCUUAUUGAGCAACCUCACAUAUCUUUUACUUUCACAGAACUCCCUGUCUGGGCCGAUCCCUCCUGAGAUUAGUAACUGUCGGUUGCUGCAGUGGCUAGAGUUGGAUGCAAACCAGCUGGAGGGCACUGUUCCUGAAUUUGGAAACUUAGUGAAUCUGAAAAGACUUGACCUCUCACACAACAUAUUACAUGGUUCAAUCCCACCAAACAUCUGUUCAAGGAAAACAUUACGAUACUUGAAUUUGGAGUCCAAUCGUCUCAAUGGUAGUAUCCCACAUGAUCUAGUUUUAGAGUGUCAAAGUCUGGAACGGCUAAUUCUCAGAGAUAAUAAUCUUAGUGGAUCAAUUAUGUAA